CGACAAUGUCGGACCUUGUUCCUGGGUGGUUCUGUCCUGCUCCCAUCUUGAUUACAGUUUAACCAGCCGUUACGGCGUCUUCCGCAGGAGAACAUGGCUGAAAAUCUCGAUCCAGCACUGGUUCACAGGUUACCAGGUUUAAAGUCAUCCUUCAACUUGCAUCGUUGCAAGAACACCCUCUGACAUUUUCCUCCCACCUACCCUUGCUUCCUGAUCCCUCCCAUGGCGCGCCUUCAAGCUAAGCACCCACAGAUCUAUGCCUGCACGUAUUCUGGAUGCAGGGUGAAAAUGACGAGGAAGCACGACGUCCAACGACACGAAAAGACUCACCUCACAGGCGAGCCUUUGACAACACAAAAAUUCCCAUGCCUGAGCACUGAGUCGGGUUGCCCCUUCAGCAGCCUGCAGCUCAGUAACCUAAAAGCUCACAUUCGGGCUAAGCACCCCGAAGUCGAGCACCUUAUGUGCUUCGACUGUAGACCGAUGUACAGACGCUUCUCGGCCGCCGCCAAACUCGCUGAGCACAGACGAGUCGAACACCGGCUGACAAAGACACAGAACCGCUACCCUCAAACCGACCCGCACAAGCCCUGCCAUCAAGUCGUCAAGGGACCCGAGGGCAUCGUCGGUCCUCCGCCGGUGCCACUCAGCCUUCCCCCGCCCCCCUUUGACAGGUUCCCGCUCCCGCCCACCGCUCCUCCGCCUCGAACAUCGACGCUGCCCACGUUUAUUACCACACCCGCUUCGGCGUUCCCCAGCCAUGAACCCGAACCCCGUCGUGAUCCUUCUCGCCCUCGGCCGCAGUGGUAUCGUGCCCCACAGCAGCCACCUCAACAUCAUCCAAGGCAUUCCUCGCUCCACAAGAAGGUACGCGACACCUGUGGGAUGAAGCGCGCCGCUCAACGGCUGCAAUCGCAGGCUCGUACUGCUGGUGGAAGCUCUAGCAGGUUUCCUUUGCCCCUGGCUCUGGCUUGCCGACUCAUCACUCCCUCCCGGCUCCUUUCUCCUUCAUCCAGUGCGGCUUCAUCAUCUACCCAUCACUGGGUAUCAUCUACACAUACACCGCCACCCUGGGAGCUGGAACACCACAUGCACCUGUGUUCACUUCAUCGGGAAGAACGUCGCAGCGCGGAGUGCGCAGGAUCUCUCCGAUGAUAUAGCUGGCUCCAGAUUGUCUUCGAGCGGGGGAGAGGAACUCGGGGUGGUAAGGAUCCCGGUCGGUCGAGGUACCACAUGG